GAACUAACUGGUAUGCAGCAACCGGAAGAAAGAAUUGAAACGUUUGGUUCAAAGUUGACAGCAAGUUUUUCUUGUUUUAUUUGACUUUGAAUCAAUAGAUUUUUUUUUUACUUGGGAAAUUGUCCGAGAUGAUACAGGCUUUAAAAGGUGUCAGACACGUAACGUCCGGUACAAUGAAGCAAGCAGUUACAGAGCUCUGCGUACCAGUCCCAUGGGGGGAGAUCAGAGGUAAAGUCUGGGGUCCUGAUCACGGUCGCCCAGUUCUAUGCCUGCAUGGCUGGGCAGACAACUGUGGGACAUUCAACAAGCUGCUCCCUCUUCUACCUAAAGACUUCAGAUACUUUGCAGUGGACCUGGCAGGUCACGGCUGCUCAUCCCAUCGCCCUCCUGGAGUUCUGUAUGCCUUCCCCUCUUACGUGAUGGACGUGCGUAGAGUUGUUGAUGCUCUGCAAUUGAGUAAAUUCUCCAUCAUUGGCCACAGCAUGGGUGGUAACAUAGCUGGAAUGUUCAGCGCUCUCUAUCCAGAGAUGGUGGACGCCUUGGUGCUGCUGGAUUCCUACGGAUUCUUACCCACAGAUCCGAAAGAAAUGCCCAGAGUGCUACGACAGGGCCUGGAUGAGUUGAUAGAGUUUGAAAAGAAGGUAGAAAAUAAGAAGACGAGGGUUUACACUUACGAAAAAGCCGUUGAGAGGCUUUUGGCUGGAAACCCAAGUUUGACUGAGGAGUCUGCAAAGAUCCUCCUAGAGCGAGGCCUAGUUAAAGUUGAAGGAGGAGUUCUGUUCUCCAGAGACUUUCGGAUCAACCUGACAAACGUAGUGCGGAUCAGUCUGGAGCAGAGUCUGGGGCUGCAGUCAAGCAUACAAGCCUCUGUCCUUGUUGUUCUAGCAGAAAAUGGCUUUGAGAAAAUGUUUGCCGACUCUGAUCAGAAGAAAAAUAUAUCAGCUCUUCUUCAGGCCUACAGGGACCGACAUAACACGGUGGUGCAGGUUCCAGGCGAUCAUCACGUCCACCUGAAUAACCCUGAAGUGGUCGCACCGCUUGUGUCGGAGUUCCUGCAGAACAAAGCGCUCUCAGCAUCAGCAGGCUCCGACGAUGCUCAUCCUCCUAAGUUAUAGUGAACACACCGUAGGACAAACAUUCAUCUUUCAAUUUUUGUCAAUUUUUGCGAUUCAAGGUUGUGAAUUGUGCAUUAAUCCAGCUCUGUUUACUCUUGAAGUGGAGCUCAGAAGUAAAACCUUAAGCUGUUUUAGAAGGCUUUUAUGUGUGAUUAACUAUUUCAUUAAAUAUGCAUAAGUAUGUAACCUGUUUUGACAUGAUUUUCUGUGAUGACAGCUUCUGCCUUAUGAGCAAGUGAACAAACCAUGAGUGAGAACCAUGGUUGUCAAAGGGAUAAUUAUGGUGUGUCUUGCUCUGUAUCAAGGGCAGUCAAAGUAUAGUUUUAGGGAUCAAAAUGUAGAUUAAAUAAAGUUGAAACACAUACUUUAAUUUUUUUUUCCCAGGGUGCUAAUUACCUUCAAAUAUCCUUUAAACCAUAUGUUAGACAGGCAGUCCACCCUAAUCCACUGAUUGUGAUUUGUGAUUGCUUUGGUUGACUGACUUAUUUGAAAUGAUCUUGUUCAAAAAGUUCAAUAAGGCUGAGACUAUAGGCUCUACUGUAAUUGCAAUCAGACAAUUAGUCAAGCUUGUGCUUCUUUUUGCUUAAUCACCAAAUAAAGCAUUCAUGGUUUUGUU